AUGUCUGAUGACCAAAAACAAGAAGAAAUUGCUUCGGAAGAAACCAUGGAACAUAUCGCCCAACUGAUCAACAAGGCAAGAAGAGUCGUUGUAUUUUCUGGUGCUGGUAUGAGUGCAGAGUCUGGAAUUGAUACUUUCAGAGGAGGAGGUGGUUUAUGGACCGGAUUGAUGGGAAAAUUGUUUUUGGCUUAUGGAGGAACACCAUUUGGAUGGAAUAUAACACCACAGAUUUGUUGGGGACAAUAUAUUAAACGAUUUUAUGGACCGAUUGCUAAAGCUGAUCCAAAUAAUGGACAUUUUGCAUUGGCCAAGUUGGAACAAGAAGUGUUUGGAGAUUAUAUGGAAGUUAUUACACAAAAUGUUGAUGGAUUGCAUCAAAGAGCUGGAUCAACUCAUGUCUAUGAAGUGCAUGGUACAGUAAUGAGACAUUGCUGUAUUGCUGAACGUCACAUUUUCGAUUUUGAUGAAUAUUGGGGAGAAGAGAAUGAUGAAAAGAAAAUGGACUUGCCAGACAAGUCACCAAAAUGCAAACAUCCAGGGUGUAAUAGUACACUUCGUCCUGAUUGUGUCCUAUUUACAGAAGCCCUGCCAAUGGACCAAUGGGAACCUUCUUUCCAUGCAGUUGACAGAAUGAGAAAGGGAGAUGUCAUGAUUUGUGUUGGAACAAGUGCCAAGGUCUAUCCAGCUGCUUCACUUCCUGGAAGAGCUGCCAGAAGAGGAGCUCAUUUAAUUGAAUUCAAUUUGGAAGAAACAGAUUACAAUCAAUUACCGAAUUAUAUAUUCGUUAAGGGUCCAAGUGGUCAAACACUUCCAACCAUUGUAGAUAGAGUAAUUGAAUUGAGAAAUGCAAAUCAAUCAAUACCAUCGGAAAAUAUUUCUCAAAUUGUAGAAUAA